GCCCGCCCGCGGCCCGCGGUGCCAGUCCCGGAGGCGCACGGCCGCGGCGGGGCGCGGGGCAUGGGGCGCUAACGGCAUGGACGGCCACCGGGGCUUCCUGGCGCUGCUGGUGGCGGCGCUGCUGGUCGGCUUCCUGUCCGUGAUCUUCACCCUCGUCUGGGUCCUCCACUACCGGGAGGGGCUCGGCUGGGACGGGAGAGGACCCGAGUUCAACUGGCACCCGGUGCUCGUGGUCACCGGCUUCAUCUUCAUCCAGGGCAUCGCCAUCAUUGUGUACAGACUGCCAUGGACCUGGAAAUGCAGCAAGCUCCUGAUGAAAUCCAUCCACGCGGGGUUAAACUUCGUGGCAGCCAUUCUUGCCAUUAUUUCUCUGGUGGCGGUGUUUGAUUUCCACAAUACCCUGAACAUCCCCAAUAUGUACAGUCUACAUAGCUGGAUUGGACUGACGGCUGUCAUACUGUACGUGUUACAGCUUCUCCUAGGUUUUUUCAUCUUUCUGCUUCCCUGGGCUCCACCCUCUCUCCGAGCAUUUCUCAUGCCCAUACAUGUUUAUUCUGGACUUCUCAUCUUUGGAACAGUGAUUGCAACAGCCCUCAUGGGAGUGACUGAGAAACUGUUAUUUGUCCUGAAAAGUCCUGGCUAUGACACGUUCCCACCAGAAGGUGUUUUUGCAAACACCCUGGGCCUUCUGAUCCUGGUGUUUGGGGCCCUCGUUUUUUGGAUAGUCACCAGACCACAGUGGAAACGUCCUCAAGAGCCAGCUUCUGUCCGUCUUCAGCCAAACGGAGGCACUCCAGAGGGAGCGGAAGGCCCCAUGGCAAUAAACUUUGACAACGUGGACAAAUCAGAGUCAGAGUUAAACAACGAAGCGGCGGCCAGGAAAAGAAACGUGGCCCUUGACGAGAGUGGCCAGAGGUCCACCAUGUAAGGUGUUGGUAGCGAAGUAGUCAUGCAACGUCGCUUUUAAAAACCAGCUCUACAGUUUAACGUCCCCUAUUUAGCCAUAAGAUGAAUGAGCUUCAUAGAGUUUAUAUUGUUUUAAUCAUAAAGCAGGAUUUCUUGGAAGAGGUGGUGCUGAUCGAGGCCUAUGAACUUACCGGUACCUUGGAAAGGAGGUGGUCAGUGUAAACGAUAGCAGCUGUAAACUGUGGUUCUGUUAGCUCUGGUUGAGGACCAAAGCGUCCCAGGUCUUGCAGAGCACAGAUGCUCACGCUGUAUUUGUUGGUUGGCAAAACUGAUAAAGGGGCAGCCCUGGAAGUUUUUCCAAAACUCAACGGAGUUUGGCAUAUUUUAUGAUCCAGGCUCCAAACCCAAUUAAAUCAAGAAUGUGCCUAAAUUCUUAAGCAGCACAGACUGCUCUAAAAAUCUUAAAAAGCACUUUUUCUCAAGUUUCUGUUUUUAUUUUUUUUUAUUUUUUUUAAGUAGUUGCAUGGCACUUACUGUGUGCCAGACGCUAUUCUAAGCACUUUAUAGAUAUGAUUAGCUCAUUCGAUCCCCAGACAAACCUUCUGAGGUAGGGACCAUGAUUGUCUUCAUUUUAUAGAUGAAAGAGCUGAAGCUUGAACUGGUUAGUAACUUGCCCCAAGGUCAUAAGUGGUGGAACUGAGAUUCAAAACCUGCCAGUCUGGCUCCUCAGUCUGUGAGUCUCACCACUUCACUGAGCUGUUUUUUU